CUCGAGAUGGCCCGUACGAAGCAAACCGCAAGAAAAUCCACUGGCGGAAAGGCACCGCGUAAGCAACUUGCCACAAAAGCGGCACGUAAAAGUGCACCCGCUACUGGUGGCGUAAAAAAACCUCAUCGUUACCGUCCAGGUACCGUAGCUCUUCGUGAGAUCCGUCGUUAUCAGAAAAGUACCGAGCUGUUGAUUCGCAAACUUCCUUUCCAAAGGUUAGUGCGCGAAAUUGCCCAAGACUUCAAGACCGAUCUCCGUUUCCAGAGCUCCGCCGUGAUGGCCCUUCAAGAAGCUAGCGAAGCUUAUCUGGUCGGUCUAUUCGAAGAUACAAAUUUAUGUGCCAUUCACGCCAAGAGAGUAACCAUUAUGCCGAAGGACAUUCAACUUGCUCGACGUAUCCGUGGCGAACGUGCUUAAGCAUCUUUUUCACAAAGUUUAAAAUCGGUUCUUUUCAGAACCACAACUUUUUUUUUUUACAUUUAUACAAUUGAUUGAUUUCUUAUAAG